AUGGCCACGGACAAGAUUACCUUCCUGACCAACUGGCACGCAACCCCGUACCACGCCCCGCUGUACCUCGCCCAGGCCAGAGGUUACUUCAAAGAGGAAGGCUUCAAGGUGGCCCUUCUGGAGCCCAAUGACCCCUCCGAUGUCACCGAGAUCAUCGGCAGCGGCAAGGUCGACAUGGGCUUCAAGGCCAUGAUUCAUACGCUGGCGGCCAAAGCCCGCAACUUCCCGGUGACAUCCAUUGGCUCGCUGCUCGAUGAGCCUUUCACCGGCGUCGUGUACCUCAAGUCCAGUGGGAUCACAGAGGACUUCCGCACCCUGAAGGGAAAGCGAAUUGGCUACGUCGGUGAAUUUGGCAAGAUCCAAAUCGACGAGCUCACCAAGUACUACGGCAUGACAGCCGAUGACUACACCGCGGUCCGAUGCGGGAUGAACGUGACCAAAGCAAUCAUUCGCGGCGACAUUGACGCGGGCAUCGGCCUCGAGAACGUGCAGAUGGUCGAGCUGGAAGAGUGGUUGGCCUCCCAGGGCCGCCCUCGCACCGACGUGCAGAUGUUGCGCAUCGACCAGCUGGCCGAGCUAGGCUGCUGCUGCUUCUGCUCAAUCCUGUACAUCGCCAAUGACGCCUUCCUGGCCGCCAACACGGACAAAGUGGCCAAGUUCAUGCGCGCCGUCAAGCGUGCCACGGACGCCGUGCUGGCCGACCCGGCCGCCGCGUACGAGGAGUACGUCGAUAUGAAGCCUAUCAUGGCGGACCCGGUCAACCGCAAGAUCUUCGAGCGCUCCUUCGCCUACUUUAGUCGUGACUUGAAGAAUGUCGAGCGCGACUGGAACAAGGUGACGGCCUACGGAAAGCGUCUCGGUGUCCUUGACUCGGGAUUCGUGCCCAACUACACGAACGACUACCUGUCCUGGACGCUCGAUGCGGAUUCCACUGACCCGCUUGGUGACCAGAAGCGUAUGGCUCAGCUGCAGCAGGAGGUUGCUUCCCAGGGUGGCUUCAAGCGCUUGCCGGUCCCGGUCACCGCUUAA